UGCGGGGGUGGGGCUGCGCCGGCCUCUUCCCAGCCCGCUUGAAAGGGUUUGCGUAGGCGCCUUGUCUGCCCUUAAAGCGCUCAGUGGGCGGCCGGGCCCAACUCCUCUCGUCCAGACGCACGACGGGAGUUGCUCCUAGCUCUCGUGCGUCCCGGGUUCGCUUUUCUUUCCUUUCCGAAGCCUGGCCCUUAGAUCCACCACCGCGGAGUCUGCGGCCGCCAGGAAGCCCAGAUCCGAGUGUCCGGAGACUAACCGGAAGUGCUGUCCCCAGGCCUAGGGGCGGCGCCGGCGGCUGCCUGGGAGAGGGAAGAACUGACUGUUGUGAAUAGUUCUGGACUAGGGACCUUUUGAAACCAAAGGGAAGAUGGUCUUGAGUCUUUCUUGUUAUGAAUGCUAUCUUCCUUGAGAAGUCAAAAUCUCAGGAUCAACAAUGUACAUUUUCUUCCAUCUGGAUUCUAGGGUUGGAAAUAUCAAGUAAGGAAUUAAUGUAUAUGAUGCUGGAAACAUGUAGAGGCUAAUGACUGAAACAGAUGUCUCUUCCAAGUUCUUAUCAAGAAAAUGACUGCGAGGGCAAUGAUGGGUCAAGAAGACCAGUGGAAAACUCCCUAGGAGAGAGCCAUAGAAAAUGUUCACUUCAGAAGAGAGAUGUAAUCAGAGAACUCAAAAAAGGAAAAUAUAUAAUGUAUGCCCUCGGAAGGGUAAAAAGAUUUUUAUUCAUGUGUGUGAGAUUACUCAAAUAGAUGAUCAUCUAUACCAGUGCCUUGAAUGCAAGCAAAACUUCUGUGAAAAGUUAGCUCUUAUUAUGUGUGAGAGAACCUGUACUGGAGAGAAACCUUAUAAAUGUGAUAUGUGUGAGAAAACCUUUGUCCAAAGCUCAGAUCUUACUUCACACCAGAGGAUCCACAAUUACGAGAAACCUUAUAAAUGUAGCAAAUGUGAGAAGAGCUUUUGGCACCACUUAGCGCUUUCAGGACAUCAGCGAACACAUGCAGGUAAAAAAUUCUAUACAUGUGACAUUUGUGGCAAGAAUUUUGGUCAGAGUUCUGAUCUGCUUGUCCACCAGCGAAGCCAUACCGGCGAGAAACCGUAUCUAUGUAGUGAGUGUGAUAAAUGCUUCAGUAGAAGUACAAACCUUAUAAGGCACCGAAGAACUCACACAGGUGAGAAACCAUUUAAGUGUCUGGAGUGUGAAAAAGCUUUUAGUGGGAAAUCAGAUCUUAUUAGCCACCAGAGAACUCACACUGGGGAAAGGCCCUACAAAUGUAAUAAAUGUGAGAAAAGUUACCGACACCGUUCAGCCUUCAUCGUACAUAAAAGAGUUCAUACUGGGGAGAAGCCCUAUAAGUGUGGAGCCUGUGAAAAAUGCUUUGGCCAGAAAUCAGACCUUAUCGUGCACCAGAGAGUCCACACAGGUGAGAAGCCGUAUAAAUGCCUGGAAUGUAUGAGAAGUUUUACUCGGAGUGCCAACCUAAUUAGGCACCAGGCAACUCACACACACACUUUUAAAUGCCUUGAAUAUGAGAAAAGUUUUAACUGUAGCUCAGAUCUUAUUGUACAUCAGAGAAUUCACAUGGAAGAGAAACCACAUCAGUGGUCUGCGUGUGAGAAUGGCUUCCUCUUAGGUAUGGACUUUGUUGCCCAGCAGAAAAUGAGAACUCAGACAGAGGAGCUACACUAUAAAUACACUGUAUGUGAUAAAAGCUUCCACCAGAGCUCAGCCCUUCUUCAACAUCAGACAGUACACAUUGGUGAAAAACCAUUUAUCUGUAAUGUGAGUGACAGAGGUCUUGAGCUUAGCCCUCCCCGUGCAUCAGAAGCCUCAGAGUUGUCUUGACCAGGCGAGAAGCUGUAAUAACAAUAUUAAAAAUUAUUUAUGUAUCAGAGACUGAUUAAGAGGAAGACCCCCUAGGCAAAUCUCAGACUUUGCUCAGAGCUCAGAAUUCAGUGGGGACCAGAGAGCCUGCAAUUGGAAGUAUGAGAAAUUUUUUGCCCAGAGAGCUGCCCUAACAUAACACCUUAUCCAUCAACUCCAAUGAGAAAUCUGCAAAUGACCAGAGUGUUUGAAAACUUUCCGUCUGAGCUCAAAUUUGAUCGCAAGAGUGUUCAUACAAGUGGGAAACCUUACAAAUGCACUGAGUGUGAGAGAGCUUUCCAGCAGUGCUCAGCCCUCUUCAUCGUAAGAGAAUUCACACCGGAGAACAAUUUUUAAAAUGCCUUCAGUGUCAGUUGUGCUGCAGACAGUAUGAACAUCUCAUUGGCCCUCAGAAAACCCUCCCUGGGGAGAAGUCCCAGCAAGUGUGAAAAAGCUUCUAACAAAACUCUGACUUUCUUACCCAUCAGAGAAGCCAUACUGGUGAAAAAUUGUAUGUUUGUCUUGAGUAUGGCAAAAGCAUUCAUUGGAGAGCCUUACUUGGGUUUGCACCCCCAAAAAUCCCAAUCUGAGUAAAGACUACAAAUGUCUGAAUGAAGAGUGCUUGUCAGUGAUCAGCUCUUGUGGUACAUCAGGGAACUCACAUAAGUGAAAAAAACCCAUAAAUACCUUGAGUCUGAAAAAACCUUUUGUAGAAUCUCCUGUCUUAUCGGGCCUCAGAAACCUCUGUUCUGCAGUGAGAGAUUUAAUUGUGGGUGAGAAUCUGUGUACAUAUAAUAUGUAUGAGAAAAACUGUUUUCAUAGUUAAGUUCACUCAUGGUAGAGAUGACGUUACAUGAAAUCAGUAUGAAAAAUAGUUUUUUAGAUGCCCAGAAGCUUGUUCUGGAAGGAGCUAGGGCAGGUCAGAGCAGACCUGAUGGGUAACUCAGGUAAAGAUACUUUUCUUUUAUCUGAACCACUUAAUGAUUGCUUUACUUUUACUUUUUAAAAAAUUCAGAAAUCCAAUAAAGGAAAGGACUGCAACCUUA